CGAGAGGUCAGACCAUGUUUUUCCUUUAUUUCUAAAUCUUAUUUCUACUUAUCUGCUUGAAUUGGUCGAAGCCGGCUGCCGGCCGUCGAUUCUGCUGCGAUCCGGCAAGUUUUUACUGGAAAAACAGGCUGAAGGACCUCUGAGGUGACCGAAGAACUACUUUCCUACUUUGAUGGCUAAGCAGACUGCGUGCUUCCUCCAGCUUCGGCCUCCGGAUGAUUUCCUCUUUAAAGCAGCCUCUCCCAUCUAGGGUUUGAUCUAAGCUAGGGUAUUUGUCAAUUACCUCUUCCGAAAAUGAGAUUAGGUCCCGCAAUGCCCUGGCCGAGCUUGUUGGCACUAGUGUUAGCAGCUAUCGCUUUCCGCAAAAAGCGGUGCAAGCCCUAAUUUUAAUUCCGUUGAUCUCGUUCUUUGUUUUGUUUUGAUAUGUUCACUGUUCACUGAGACAUGUCGCCGCCGCCAUCGCUGUUGCGGGCAUCGAGGGUUGACCUCGGUGAGCUGAAGUCGCAGUUAGCAAAGCGGCUUGGUGCCGUGCGAGCACAGCGCUACUUUGGCUACCUUCACAGGCUGCUGUCCCAGAAACUGAGCAAGCCGGAUUUCAACAAGCUCUGUUUUUUGACACUUGGCCGUGAGAAUUUGCCACUCCACAACCAUCUCAUACGUUCUCUUUUAAGGAAUGCUUGCCAGGCAAAGGUCCCACCUUUGCAGAAGAAGUUUUUGAAGCGGGAGGAUAGUUUAGAUCCACCGCAGCCCCCCAUCUGGGCCAAUGGGGACAUCCUGCCUUCUCCUGCGUGCAUCCUUGGCCCCAAUGAAAGGAUAAACGCUGCUGUUCAACAAAAUGGUGACUUGUGCUCCUUUGAUUUGGAGAGACUGGUGGAUGUUAAAGGUCAUGAACAGGCAGAGCAGCAUGUGAAGCGGUGUAGCUUAAGUAGCAAGGGCCAUGAGGAAAUGGUUCUUAAGGAAAAUGGGGAGAGAUUGCAGCAUAGGGAUGAUCCAAAGAUGCAUCAAAGUCCUAUGAGGGCGCCACUAGGGAUUUCAUUCUGUCAGGCUAGAGUAGGCAGGAUGAAAAAAUCUUUAUCAUGGGCAUGUAGUGCAAGCAUUGAUAGAUUUACCAGUUGCUUGGAUAGUGGUGAGCUGAGCCACACUGAGGAUUUGAGAAGAAGGAUGGAGUUUGUGGCUGAAAUACAAGGCAUGGGAGAAGUGGCGGCUGAAUGUGCUGUUUUAUUGAAUAAUGGAUUGGAUGCAUAUUUGAAGAGGCUGAUUAAGUCAUCUAUUGAGUUAAUAGUAGCAAGGGUGGAUCGUGAAACAAUAAAACAACCACUUUGGAAGCAGGAGGCUCAUGGGAAGCUCAUAAAUGAUACUUGGUUGGAUAACCACACACACUUGCAAAGGAGUAAUGGGGCUUUGGAGUUACAGGAGAAGAACUACUGCUUGAUAUCUCUGCAGGAUUUUACAGGUGCAAUGGAGCUGAACCCACAGCAACUUGGGACAAAUGCACCCUUGUUACUGGAGAAGAUACGUCUCCAUUGUUUGAGAGAAUAGGAAAGACUAUGCAAUCUUCGAUUUGGUUCAAACUAUUGUUGGGGGUGCUGAUCUGUAUAAACCGGCAUGGAAAGCACUACACCCAGCAUCCUCUUGGGAUUAUAGAACAUAUUCCUCUAAAUCAGAUUGGGAAGGUGAAAUGAGUUCUUACUACAGUUUGGCCCCUUCAUUAUACAAGUUGUGUCCAGCCAUAUGAGGAAACUCCAAUCACAUUUUUGCAGUGUUGUCUUAUGUAAUAUACAUAAUUGUUUUUCAUAUCUCUGGAAUAUGG